GUCGCGAGCUGGGAAGUAAAGACGGUAUCGCGGCGUACAAAUACCACUAGAACUCCCAUCUUUCUCCUCCUUCCGAUCCGCUCCGAGCAAGGAUUUUAAAUAAAUCCGGGUUAAAUUCUAAAACCGAAAAGCAUCAUCUGGAUCACUUGACUCCUUUCGGCCACGAAAUUUGGAUCAGUCAUGGAUAAGCCGAAGUUGCAGGUUUUUAACUCUAUGUCGAAGCAGAAGGAGGUUUUCAAACCGAUUGAAGAAGGUAAGGUGGGCAUCUAUGUUUGCGGUGUCACACCAUAUGAUUUCAGUCACAUCGGUCAUGCUCGUGCUUAUGUGGCGUUCGACAUACUCUACAGGUAUUUGAAGUAUUUAGGAUAUGAAGUUAAAUAUGUGCGCAAUUUCACGGACAUUGAUGACAAAACUUUGUAUGAAUGUGAAACGGCUUUAUCCCCCUUCAGGAGCGAAAAUUUCAAAGGACAAGUGCCAGCAGAUGUGAAGGAACAAAUUGAGAAGUUCCAUAAUGAAUAUCUGUCUUCGAUGUCUGAUGAUCUGCACACCACUACUGCUUUAGAUAAUCUUGUUGAUUUGCUCAAGUUGAUCAAUGGCACAUUGAAGAAAUUCAAAGGGAAAAAGCAGCAGCAGGCAUUGAUUCUUUCUCUUUAUGCACUGGAAAAAGAAGUCAAAGAUUUUCUUGGUUCUCUGGGUCUCUUGUCUUCCUCAACUGUCUCCAAGCGGCUAAAAGAGAAGGCACUGAAGAGGGCAGGAUUUACAGAGGAGGAAGUUCAGCAGAAGAUUGAGGAGAGAAACCUUGCAAGGAAGAACAAGGAGUACGGGAAAUCCGACAUGAUCAGGUUGGAACUUUAUUUGAAGGGCAUAUCCCUAAUGGAUGAACCAAAGGGAACCAUUUGGAGGCCAAGUGAACCUUCUGAGAAAAAACCUGAAGAAAAUGUUGAUUCCCUGAUAGAUGAGUCCUUGUCAUAAUCAUUAUUAUUAUAUAUAGUGGGUUCCUUUUGUUAAUGUGAUUAUAUUUCAACUCAUAUUUAUGUGAUAUAAAAGAUGAUUAGGCAUACUGUUAACUAAUUUUUGAACUAAAAGCUUCAUGUUUUUCUUUUUUUAAUCUUUUUUAUUUGGAUCAAUAGAUUCGAUUUUGUAUUAGGUAAAAUAAUGUAAAUUGGGUGCCCAUUUACUUAAAUUAUGUGCUUCUUCCA